AUGUCCGACAUCAAAGUCGACGGUUUCAAGUCUUCUACUACACUCGCCGCACUCGCAGCCGUGCUCGACGAGUACAAUGACGAGGAGAAGAAGGCUCAGAUCAAGAAGACCAACGGCAUAUUCGAGCUGAGGGUGAAGAAUGCCGAGGGGAAGGAGGUCGUCUGGACGAUUGACCUCAAGUCAAAAGGGUCUGUGUAUAAGGGCCAAGCCAAGUCCAAGCCAAAUGUCACCCUCAUCAUGUCUGACGACACCUUGCAGCAGCUCGCCGAGGGCAAGAUGGACGGGCAGAAAGCCUUCAUAACUGGCAAGCUAAAAACAAAGGGCAACAUGAUGUUUGCCACAAAAUUAGAUGGUGUUCUGAAGGCGGCAAAGACUAGGGCGAAGCUGUAA